AUGGUUCUAAAUCGAGCUGAGUCGAGCCUAGCCGAGCCCGGGCACACCGACGACCCAGGCGUUCAAGCCGAGGUGGCCAGCGGGGCUGAUGAGCCAAUCACAGAAGAGACAGUCAUGCCGCGCCGGGGUCUUUUUACACCCGAUCAAUACUGCUCACAUGAUUCAAAUGCAGGACAAAAUAUGCGCUGGCGAGCUGAAUUUGGGGUGGCCUUCUUAUGCCUCCACUUGCGUCCCGUAUGCAUUGUCUGCUGA